UAGAGUCACCUGUGGCUGGUAUCAGCAACACAGAGCCUUCUGCCUUCUUCUGGGAAACAUCUUAACUCCAUCUGAACUGAAAACUGCUGCUCAUCAUGGCCUCUAGCAUGUCUGUGAGAAGCUUCUCCAUGAACCGCCCCUCGUUUUCCAGUCGUUCCCUGAUGGACACAGGCCGGUCUCGGUCCAGGGCCUCUGUUUCUUUCGCUGCGGCCAGCCCACUGACCCGUUCAGCCUCCAUCAGCCAGGAUCUCAACGGACCAGUGAGCCUCCAGCUAAACGGACUGCAUGGCAACAGCACCAAUGAGAAGGAGGCCAUGCAGAGUCUCAACAGCCGUCUGGCCAACUACCUGGAUAAGGUGCGUUCACUGGAGCGCUCCAACGCUGACCUGGAGAUGAAGAUCAAGCAGCUGAUGAUUGAGCGCAUUCCCAAAGGUCAUGAUCUGGAUUCAAUGAUGGCCCAGGCUCAUGCUGUUGAGCAAGAGGUGAGGAAGAAGACCUUGGAAAACGCUCGUCUCAUGUUAGAGAUCGAUAAUGCUAAACUGGCCGCUGAUGACUUCAGAAUCAAGUGGGAAACUGAAUUGGUGAUGUGUCAAUCUGUGGAAAGAGACUGUGUCGCCCUGAAAAAAGCUAAGACCGACCAUGAGCAGAUCAUUGCUUCACUGAGAGGAGACUUGGACAGCCUCAAAGAGGAGCUUUAUUUCCUCAAGAAAAACCAUGAGGAGGAACUCGAGCAGAUGAGGUCUCGCAUUGCCAGGGAUGAAGUUAAUGUGGAGGUGGACUCCGCCAGUGGGCCAGAGCUAGGUUCCAUCCUGUCUGACCUGCGCUCCCAGUAUGAGGGAAUUGUUAAGAAAAACAAGGAACAGGCAGAGCAAUGGUACCGUAAGAAGCUUGAGACGGUGCAGAAUGAGGUGAAAGAGAACAACGAGGCUUUGAGAGGAGCCCAGGGAGAGCUGAUUGAGAGGCAGCGCUUCCUGCAGACGCUGGAGGUGGAGCUGGACAGUCUGCACAAACAGAUAGGAGCUCUGGAGGGUAACCUGGUAGAGACGAGUCAGAAGUAUUCUGCAGAGAUGGAACGGCUGCAGGUCACCCUGAAUCAGAUGGAGGAUGACCUGUCCCAGCUCAGGCUGGACAUGCAGCGCACCAAGACCGACUAUGAGCAGCUUCUCCGCAUCAAGCAGAACCUGGAAAUGGAGAUUGCUACCUACAGGCGCCUCCUUGAAGGAGAGGAAACUGCCAAAGAAGUCAUUGCUCCGCCAAAAAAGGAGCCAGACGUCCGCACCAGAAAGAUCGUAAAGGUGGUGACGCAGACGAUGGUCAAUGGGAAAGUGAUAGAUGAGUCUAGUGAGGUGGAGCAGAUUGAGGAGACAAAGAAAUAAAAAAAAAGGGAAACAUAAACAUGGUUUAGAUAAUAAGGCAGUGUUUGCAAAAGAAACAAAAAUAGUAGAAGAAAACAUUAUAACCUUGUUAUCAUAUAUUCAAUAGUGCUGUGAUUUUCAGUUUUACAAGAAUGCAUUUUAGAUUUAAACUGAGCAUGCAUUGGCUACAUAUGCUCUUUAGUUUAGGAAAAAGGAUUUCAAACAUUGGCUAUUCAGAGCUACUUUGAUUUCUAACAUUGUAAGAUAACAACAGAUAACUACAUCUAAACUUGUCUUUUAUUUUUACCUUAUGUUAGAUUUAAAUACGUUCUGUUACACUUAGAAAAAUCUGUGGAAUUACAUAUUUAUUUCCUCAUGUGGUGACAUUGACUAAACAAGUGUAAUGCAUGGACUUAGCUCUUUUAUUGAAGUAGCGUUUAUAUUUCUUUUGUGUUUUUUGAUGCUUUGACUCUCACUAAAUAAAGUCUUAUUCCA